AUGUAUCGGUUUGGAUCAGGAGCUGCUAACAGAAGCCAGAUUAGAGCUUUCUCCAGAUCAAUUACCAAACACCCACCACUUCCUUCCAAGUUGGCUUCCUUCUUGGACAAGUGCUCAGACGCUUUCUCACUUAGAAAACUCCAUGCUCGUAUUCUUGCUCUAGGCCUCGCCAACCAUACCCUUCUCAACUGCUAUCACAAGCAGUCAGAAUCCACAUGGAACUCAAUCCUUGUUGGGUAUUACAGAGCUGGUCAUUUCGCGCAAGUCCUAACAAGGUACAUUCAUUUGAGGCGGCAAUGGAGCAUUGGGUUGGACAGUGCAGCCAUUACGUUUGCUUGUAAGAGCUGUAUUGAGUUGAAUCAUCUCGAAUUGGGUCGAGGAAUUCAUGCGGAUGCAGUCAAGUUUGGGUUGAAUGGAAAUGGAUUUGUGGGUUCGUCGCUUAUUGGGUUCUACGGUAAAUGUGGAAGCAUGGGCGAUGCGCGUAAGGUGUUUGAUGAAAUUACUCACCCGGAUGUUGUUGUGUAUACUUCCAUUAUUACAGGGUACGCUCACAUUGGUCAUUUUCGGGCUUACGAGGCUUUCGGGAUUGCUGUCCGAAUGCAGAGGAAAGGUUUGCUUCCUAAUAGGGUCACCCUGGUGAGCUUACUUCAGGCAGCUUCACAGUUGGACACACUGAAAGAAGGUCGGUCUGUCCAUGGUUAUGCUAUUAGAAGAGGAAUUGGUGGUUUUGAUGAAGUUUUCGAGACAAGUCUCAUGGACAUGUAUAACAAGUGUGGGGCACCUAAAAUAGCAGCCUGCAUUUUUGGCAAAAUGAAGAAAAAGACAAUUGGUUUGUGGAAUGUGAUGAUCGCAGGUUAUCUUAGAUCGGAGCUGCCCUUGCAAGCUUUCCGGUGUUUCUGUCAAGUGAUGCAAGAAAAAUAUGUUCCGGAUUUGAUAACUUUCUCCAAUGGGAUUUUGUCUUGUGCUCACUUGAGUUAUUUGCCUGAGGGAAAGAGUAUCCAUGGUCACAUAAUUCGUGUUGGUGUUAAACUUGAUGUAGUAGCAACCACUUCUCUGGUCGAUCUGUACUCCAAAUGCUACAAGUUGAUCCAAGCCAGGACAUUAUUUGAUAGAAUGGAGAAAAAAGAUGCUAUCUUUUACGAUGUGAUGAUGAAUGGUUAUCUGCACAAUUAUUUUGCCAGUGAAGCUACGCACAUUUUUCUGGAAAUGGUUCAAGAGGGAAUUCAACCAAACCUAGGUUCCAUUUUGACUUUACUUUCUGCAACUUCGGAACUGAAAGACUUUAGAAAUGGCAAGUGCAUUCAUGGAUAUGUAUUGAGAUAUGGAUUUGAUUUGAACGUUGAAAUUGCCAAUCAAAUGAUCUACAUGUACUCAAAAUUUGGAUUAAUAGUGUGCGCGAGAAAAGUCUUUAACAAGAUAAGAUAUAGAGACUUGGUCUCAUGGACUUCAAUGAUGAUGGGUUAUGUUCAUCAUGGGCAUGCUGAUGAAGCUAUAAUAUUGUUCCAAUUAAUGCAAAGGGAGCAGGUGGAAGAUGAUACUGUCACGCUGUUAACUUUGCUUCAGGCACUUCCUCAGCUUGGAUGUCUGAAUUUAGUGAAGGAAGUCCAUUGUCACUAUUAUAGAGUUAAUAUAGACAGUGAGAUAUCUCUCACCAAUUCUUUGGUAACUACUUAUUCCAAGUGUGGGAAGUUAAAUAUGGCUGCAAAUCUUUUUGAUCAUGCAGUUAAACGGUGUCCGACUUCAUGGAAUGCAAUGAUACAUGCAUAUGGGAUGCAUGGAAAAUGUACGGAGGCCCUCAUGGUUUUUGAACAGAUGAAAAGCAAUAAAGUUGAGCCUGAUGGGUUUACCUUUACAUCAAUACUUACUGCUUGUAGCCAUUCUGGCAUGGUAAAUGAGGGACUUCAAGUCUUCAAGUCGAUGGUUGAGGAGUUCUCUAUAAUCCCUUGUGAAGAGCACUAUGGUUGCAUGGUAGAUUUAUUAAGCCGAGCAGGAUUGCUUGAAGAAGCAUAUAAUCUGGUUAAAUCCCUGCCAUCAAGGCUCGGUGAUUCUACACUAGGCACCUUGCUUGCUGCUUGUAAGUUACAUGGAAAUACAGAGAUGGGGGAGAAUAUAGGAAGGCGUCUCUUGGAUUUAGAACCCAAGAAUUCUAGUGCAUUUGCCAUGGUUUCAAGUUUAUAUGCAGAAGGUGGAAAGUGGGGUGAAGUGGUCAAAAUAAGAGCCAGAGAAAAAGGGAGAGGUAAAGACCUCUCGGAUUCCCUUGCCUAUUUCCAGGCAAAAGGGUAUUUGGCCUCUGUAGGUAGUGAUGGAGUGCUAGAAGGCCCUCAAAUAUAUUCAACCUAUGUGCGAUCACGCGCUUUACAGGCUGAUGAGCCACUCUAUAGGGAUGUUCCUGGUUCUGGGGGUCUUGUUUUAAGUGCUGGAGAACUGAAAAAGCUUCGCUUAAAGCAAGAAGGAGGAUGA